AUGACGAUGCAACCAAGAAGGUAUCCUGUACUUCUCCCUUCGACAACUCUUCCGCAGGAGGGAGGGGAGCCUUCAAAACCUGGUCCAAGGCGGCAGAGACCUGGUGCAUGCACCGCAUGUAGGCGCCGUAAAAUUAAAUGUGAUGGCAUACGGCCAAGAUGCACUACUUGCGCAAAACGGGGCAUGUCAUCCUGCAUCUACAUUGAUAAGGCCAAGGCUAGCCCUGAGGCGAUGGAAAUCCUUGAGCUCCUGAAGUCGCUCCCUAUAAAUGAAGCAUUUGCUCUCCUAGGGACGCUGAGAGAAGAGGGGGAUCCGGCAACCGUCUUAUCGGGAUUGAGAGAUUAUGGCCUUGAGAACCAUUCGUCGUCAUCAGGGGCAGAUACCCAAGGGCCUAUCCCGCCUAGAACCAUGCUAGAAUUAGAGUUGAUGGCCAACAACUCAAAGGCAUAUCAUACCUUGCGCCGAAUAAGUCCAUCUGCCUUGGCCAAGAGUGAUCUCCUCCGCCCGAUACGUCCAUCUAUGAACGACUUCCGCAUGGACUCGCCACCUCCUGCCGGCGUAACUUGGGAAGGGAGACAUUUCCCACUUCUCAUAAGGUCCGGAGAAGAAGUUAGUUAUUGCGAUGAACGACUUCGUAAUCUGCAAGUCGGCUUCUGGACUGACAUACCUAUUUCUAAUAAUCUUGCGGCACGAGUUAUCGAUAUAUAUAUGACAACUGAUCAUCCCCUUCUAGGUCUCUUUAGUCCAGACCUGUUUAUUGCAGAUCUUGUCAAUCAUCAAGAUAGGUUCUGCUCGCGUCUCCUUUUCCAUGCUUUGAUGUAUCUUGGCUGUCAAAUGUACAGUGCCUUCGACAAGGAUGCAAUGUACUUUGCCAACAACUUCUUUGAAGAAGCCGAAAAACUCUGGAAAGAAGAGCAAGACUCGUACACGGCCGUGGCAGGCGCUGUAUUACUUAGUCUGUCUCUUAUAGGAAACAGUAGAGACCAUGCCGUGCUCUCUUACGCCAAAAAAGCAAUGCAAAUGGGUAGGAACCUAGGUCUCUUUGAUACCACCGAGGAAACUGCUUCAAAAAUUGGGGUGGUAUCGGGAGAAGAUAUGACAACUCGCUGCUAUGCAGCUUGGGGGACGUUUAACUGGAACGUGCUUAUAUCUUUUUUCUACCGACAACCGGGCGCGGAAAGCCCAAGCUCAGCUCCAACAUUGCCCAUUCCGGAAGAAACGAUACUGGAAAGGGGAUUUGAAGGCAUGGCCCAAGGAAAUCCAGUAAAUGAAGAUCCCCAAAAGAUAAUCUUCCCCGUGCUCUGUCGUUUUUGGCAGAUCAUCCGAGGUGCCGGGUGGAUCUACACCCCAGCUGAGGGUAGUCCGCCUGAUAUCUCUAGGAUGGCUCUUGUAGAACAUACGUUCCGAGAACUUAUCGCCUGGGCGGAAUGUCUUCCAUCCCCAUUACUUCGAGCCGAAGGCCGGUCUCAUCAUGUUAUUGUGAUUCACAUAUGGCUUCAUUGUGCUAUCCUUGAUGUAUUCAGACCAUUCAUCGGAAAGCCUGAGGAUCAGCGACCACGUCUGACAACAUUUUCAGCACGAUAUAGUUCUCCAGAUGCAGCAUAUGCCGCUUCGGUCGGGCAACUCAAAAGUCUUAUCGUUGAAUAUCGCAGCAAUUACGUAGCAUCCACAUAUUCGAUCCUUUGGCAUACUGGGCUUCUUUAUCUCGCGAACGCCAUGUUAAAAGACACUAGAGACCCCGAAUGGCGCGUCUACCUACUUUUGUGUCUAUACGGUUACGAGGGUCUUAGUCGUCCGUACCUCAUAUCCGAGGUGAUUGCCCAGGGCUUGUUAGCGAUGACUCUGAAAGAAACCGAUAUGACAGGAAGUGAGGCGCAAAGGAUAAUUAACGAAGUCAAGGAAGGAAGACUCGAAGGUAUAGAGCGAGGCCAUGAUGACGAAGCCCGUGCUACAUUUAUGGUCGAUCUGGAACUGGCGCUGAAAAAGCCCGAAGAGGCCAGAGCUGAGAACCUAGCAGCUGAGUUCGAUAACCUAGCCUUAUUCAGGGAAUUUCUCAAUGAGGAGCAGCCAGAGGAACAGAACUAA